UAAUCUGACCACAGAACCUGUUAGUUGCCGCUUCCUUCAAAAUCGCUCAGAGGGUGCCUAAAUCACAUUGCAUCUCAAUUCGCUGAAGGCUGUGGACUGCCAGCCCCACCAGUACUGGCCUCAAUGUCCUGACACGACCAGCAGCGUCAGCCUUGGACCACCAGCUCGCGCCCCAGGAUGGACCGCCAAGCCGAGGCUCUGAACAGCCUCCUAGCCCGGAUCACCAGCAAGGAGGCGGAGCCGGAGGAGGCAGAGGGGGGCUUCGCCGGAGAGUUCUCUAUGCUGAAGACGCUUUCAACUAAGUACCGCACAGAAAAGAUCUUCUCCAUGAAGGUAGCCGAGAAGCGAGAGAACGUGAAGAAAAACAGAUACAAGGACAUCAUGCCCUUUGACCACACUAGAGUGAAGCUCUCCUUUAUCACCUCAGACACUGACAAUGACUACAUCAAUGCCAGCUUCAUCAAGGGUGCGCUGCAGCAGAGGGCCUAUAUUGCCACCCAGGGUCCCCUGCCUCACACAGUACAGGACUUCUGGAGGAUGAUCUGGGAGUACAAUGUUAAGAUCAUUGUCAUGGCCUGCAGGGAGUUUGAGAUGGGCAGGAAAAAGUGUGAGCGGUACUGGCCUGAAAAGGGAGAGGAGCCAUUUGUAUGUGAUCCCUUCACCAUUCACUAUGAAUCUAUGGAAAGUAAAGGGGACUACCUCACCAGGGUUUUAAAGGUGACUUACCGCAAUACAUCCCGCAUGUUGUGGCAGCUGCACUAUGUGAAUUGGCCAGACCACGGCGUGCCGGCCUCCAUCCCACCAAUCCUGGAGCUGCUCCAGGAGAUGCGGUCCUACCAGGAGCAUGACGAUGUGCCCAUCUGCAUCCACUGCAGUGCCGGUUGCGGUAGGACGGGGGUACUGUGCGUCAUUGACUACACCUGGAAACUUCUGCGAAACCAGCUGAUCACAGAAGACUUCUGCAUCUUCAAACUGGUCCAGGAAAUGCGGACACAAAGACCCUCAAUAGUUCAAACGAAGGAGCAGUAUGAGCUUGUCUACAGGACCAUUAAGAUCUUGUUUGAGAACUACCUGCAGAUGAUGGUCAGCCAUUCAAGUGCAGUUGAGGUACCAGCUUCUCCCACCCCCAGCCCAGUGUCCAGUGAGAGUGACCUCACAGCCCCUUGUGAGGUGUUGAACCUGGACCAGGAAGAGGAAGUACACCUAGUGCCAUGGCCCAGGCACAUGAAAAGGGAGGAGCCAAAAGAGUUGACCAACUGGGAGACCGCAGGGGGCCUCUCCCCACUGCUGCUACGCCUUCCAGCAGAGGAGGAUGGUUGUAAUGGUCUGGUGUCCCAGUCAUCCAAGUUUUCCCCUGAGGAUACCCUCAGCUCUCUGACUGAAAGUUCCAGACAAAGGGCCCAAGGAGAGUGGGACUUCCAAUCGGAGAGGCACAUCAGUCAGCAUGCCAAAAUGGCGGGGGUGGCUGAACUCAUCCCAAAAAGCUGGACCAUGGCCCUGCCUACUCAGGAGGACGCAACCACCCAGAGUCCUAGCAGGGGGAGCUGGAAUGCCCCACAGGAAGAGGAAGUGGCCCUGCUGGAGCUGGAAGCAACCCCCAAUUCUCCAGGUUGCUGGGAGUUCUCCUGCUUCUCAGUGGAAGACCCUUACUUCAGUCCCAGCUCUCCCCAGGACUCACAGGCUACAUUGGACCCAGAGGAGUUGCCGCCCUUCGACAGCAGGACCAGUAACCUGUGCCUCACCACCCCUGCACUGACCCUCAAUGACCAUCCACUGGUACUGCCCCAAUUUGAAACCCUCGCCACAGUAGUCACUCCAGUCUCUGAUGAAGACAUCCCCCCCUCACCACCAGAGCGAACUCCUGAAUCCUUCAUCCUGGCUGACAGUCCAGUAAGUCCAGCCACUCCAGUCUCCGAUGAAGACAACCCCCCCUCGCUACCAGAGCGAACUCCUGAAUCCUACAUCCUGGCUUACAGUCCAGAUAGCCCAGAGAGGCCUCCUAGCAGUGACAGUGAGAGGCUGCUGACUGUUCUCCCACUGAACACGACUGAGACGCUCUGUGGAAAUGGGAGCCCCCCCUCACCUGUGCCCCCCCUGCCAGAGAGAACCCCAGAGUCCUUCAUCCUGGCCACUGAUGAUGAUCUGCUGCAGGGUGUGGCCCAGCAUGAGCCGCUCAGCCCCAACCCCAGAGUCGGGAUGUCCUCUGAGUGGUGUGGAACCUCAGAACCACCCUCACUGGAGCCCAAGAAAUCCUGGGCCCGGAGCAAGAGCUUAAAGGUCAGAAUGUCGAUGCUGGUGUACCCUUCUUUUUCCCUGGCAUCUGCCCCAGUUCAACCACAGCCAACUGCCCCUCAUCUUCCUGCUACUGCUAAUAUAGGUCCAGGGAACCAAAAUAGCGAGCCGGUCCCGCAGCUGAGCAGAGAGCCUUCUCACAGGAUCGGGACGUCCUCCGAGUGGGCAGGAAAUUCGCACCCAAAGACGUUCCUGGAAGUGGUGAUGAACCGAAGCAAAAGUGUUAAAACGAAAAGUCCAAAGAAUGAUAGAUUGUCUGUGGCUUGUCCGGCCGCUGCUGCCAGUGUGGCUGUUGCACCUGCAGGAAACGCUGCAGCAGAGCUGUUCGCAGACAGCGGGACAUCAGCCAGCGCUGGUGUGGCUGGGGAGAGACAGAACAAGAGCAGCGGGAAAAGCUCUCUGCCCAGCAUGACCCGGUCCAAGAGCCUGAAGUUUCUGAAAAAUAUACGGAAACCCAAAGGGGACCAGCCCACAGCAGCCGCUCCCCCAGAACCUUCCCACAGCACAACCCUUGGGUUCAGAUUUGGAUUUGGGAACCGUUUCAGGAAGCCCAAAGGCCCAAGGCAUCAACCCGACACGUGGGUGUGAGGGACCCAGGAAAUGUGGGAGCAGAGAGGAAGCAUCCCUUCAUCUAUCAAAGCCCGGUGUCCUGAAGCCCUCACGGGCACCUCUUCGGCCCACUUUGGGUCCUCAGCACAGGAAAAAAAAGAACAUCUGUUUAACUCCCAGGGGAGAGCAUGCACCAUGCGGGCAGUCGGAGAAGCAUGGAAGUUAUAUGACCGCUCUCUCAGAAUGAACACAUGGUGAAGAGCACCUUAAGGAAUGAUGCAGGUGAAUGAUGGUCAGGAGAUAUUUUUUGUGUUGUAGCAAGAAACAUUGUAGUUCUGCAACCCACCGAAACGUCAUCAGAACAGAACGAGGGAAACAUUAUUUUGUAUUUAUGAGUAAGAUAUAUUAGCAAAUAGUAUAUUAGCAUGACUGGGACGUGCUACUGUAAUUGUGUGAAUGGAAUGUAGAGGAUAAGCCAUGUUGUAGAGUAACGACUCAAUAUCCUUCUUUAGAGGUUAACAGCCACUGUUCUUAUUAACCAGAACUGGGAUGGAUACCUUAAUACUGAAGAAGCUGAUAAUUAAGCACAUUCCCCAAAAGGAACUGCUUACUCAGAACUCUCUGAUAUUUUCCUCAUUAUUAGACAAAACUAGUGCGCCAUACGGAUUGCUUUAUGAAAUAAAGGGCUUAUGCACACAGUCAUUGAUAAAGUGUUCUGAAACUUGGUCCUGGGGCCCACCUGCAUAUGUUCAUUUUUGUUCAACUGCAUCUGGAACCUCUGAAAUGCAAUGAGCUGUUAAAUGUUCUCGUUUUACAUUCUUAAGGCCAAAUGAUGUCAGAAACAGCGAUACAUGCCUUGAAGAAAAAAUAAUGUUUAAAUGAUUAAAUUUUAUAUUGACAAGUGAAAGAAGUGGUGUGCUAAUUGCUGAAAGUGUGGACACUUUCACCCAAAAAAGUACAAGUUAUUGAGCUUCUGUAUUUUUCAUUAGCAUAUAAUCAGUUCUUGGAGAAAAAUAUUAUUUUUCUAUGAAUAAAUAUUCCCAAUGAA